AUGCCACUGGACGUGCACCUUGCAGGACCCCUGGUGGCGGCUGCGGGUCGUCCGGUGUACUUUGAGAAUCUACGGGAUUUGGACGAGUAUGUGAAAACACUCCCAAAGACAUGGGAACGUGGACAGCGCACCGCGUGGCCCAACCGGCCGCAUCUCUUGGUGUGCCACGAUUUUCAAGGAGGAUACACCGAAUCCCUCCAUGCACACGGGUACACAUUCGAGCACUGGCAAUGCACGGAUAUCAUGGUGUAUUUCUCACACAAGCGCAUAUCGCUGCCACCGCCCGGAUGGGUUCGUGCAGCGCAUUUUCAUGGCACACGAAUCCUCGGCACGCUCCUGUUCGAAUGGGACGAAUCCAAGCUGGACCUCCGCUGUCUGUUGGAUGGAUGGGAACCGACAUGGCGGACAAAGGUAAGAGCCGAGUUGUCGACCUACUUUGCGGAUGAAUUGAUACGCCUUGCAGCAGCUCAUGGCAUCGAUGGCUUUCUCGUCAACGUCGAGACUUCCUUGGCUUUGACGGCCCACUCGAAUCCUAUUCUGCACAAACUCGACAGCUUCCACAAUGCCGCACGACUUCGGCGGUGGAUCAGGUACCUCCGUGACAAGGGCCAAGAGCGCUUAUCGACAUGGCAUGUCGUUUGGUACGACUCGGUCACGUACCCGGACGGCCAACUUCAGUGGCAAGAUGCCAUGUCUCUAAGGAACGCGCCCUAUUUCCAGGCUGCGUCGCUGGGCUUUACCAACUAUACAUGGUCGCAUCCAGAGCGAUGCCACGUCCGCCCUAACCCGUGCCUGGAACAUUCCGCUGUAGUGGCAGACACCCACGCCUUUCCACGCUCGCACGUGUUCAUCGGCGUAGACGUAUUUGGACGCAACUGCUUAGGCGGCCACGACACAUACCGUGCCCUGGACAUGCUGCAGUCCGAGACGCCCUUUGGUUUCAGUGCUGCGCUCUUUGCGCCUGGCUGGACAUGGGAGCACGACGCGCCGCCGGCACGUUCUUGGCAGGCUUGGUGGGACGAAGACUGGGCAUUUUGGCAUCGCGGACCUCAUGCCAUUUCACAUUACUUUGCGAGCCGCGCAUGUCCCUGGCAUGGACAAGCCACGCAAGGCUAUGGCUUCCGCACGAACUUUAGCUUAGGUGCCGGCUCCGCCUGGUUUGUGCAGGGCCGAAAUGUAUACCCUCAUGCAUGGACGGACCAGGGCGUGUGUGCGCCCAAACCUCUCUUGGCAUGGCCCGCGGUGGCUUAUGUCCUCGAUGUCGAGGGACGCAAAGAAAACGAUCCUGGCAUUCGCACGACCUUGACCCACGACGAUGCAUGGAGCGGCACCACCUCUCUGUGUCUACGUACCGAUACGUGGAUAUAUGUGCCGCUUGUCGCUUUAGCCCCCCUGCCCAGCGACGCCACACAGAGAAAGGUCCAGGUGCGUAUCAGUGUUAAGGGCGCCUCGGUUGAGCCGUGCGUGUAUAUUCACGACCGCUUGUAUUCCGGCACGUGCGAGGCUCAAGCGUUGCCGCAUGGAUGGACUUUGUACACGAGUCAGGUGGCACUGCCACAGGAGGCCUAUGAUUAUGACAUACACAUGGUGUUAGGCGUUUCGGGCUCUGUUCGUGUAGGUCAGGUGGACGUGGCACCUGCUAGCGCCUACGACGAAACCGCGCCUGAUGCGACAUGGUCGCAUGGUUUGCUGACAUGGACGGACACGGUGCCUUGGGCUUCUGGUUACGAGGUAUAUACGAUACGGGACGAGCCAAUUUGGUGGGGCACGGUCAGCACGGUACGGGAGCGCCACCAAGCCCACCUGUCCGCGUCAGAUCCUGAGACGGUCGUGCAAAUACAGAGUGUGGGCGCAUGGCCUGAUGAGCCCGUGACACUCGUUAUGCCGUCCUAG